AUGGAUUCCAUUGGAAUACAGGACUACGUGCAACGUUUGUCUACGUUCACGCAAUUCUUGUCUCCGGCACAAACUGGAAUACAGCAACGGGAGAUGUUCAUACCCACUGAACUUCUAAACUGUUCGCACGUAUUCAUUCGAAUUGAUGCGGUACGUAAACCGUUACAACAGCCUUACGAAGGACCUCUUGUCGAGUUACGAAAAGUUCUUCAAGGUUGA